UGUGUAUUGAGUCAAAGGAUUUUAUAUCUGUAUUAUUAUUGUCUGUAUUUGCAUUAGGAUAAAGUAACUGCCUUUUGGUUCCAGAGGGUACAGCUACUAUUGGUUCAUUUAAGCUGCUGUAUUUGGAUCCUCUGUCUUAUUGGUUCCCUCCAAAAGGCAGCACUGUGAUUGCUUGAUAUUGUUCCCUCCAAAAUGUAUCCCUUCCUAGCUAGUCCCCUGUCCCUAUAAAUGUAGCUUUCCUCUCCUCAGUCUUCAGUCUUGUUCACUUUAAUAAAGAGCUGUUACUAGAGAACUGUCUCCAGCAUGUUUUGUCAAGAGAGCUGAAAUCACAAACCCCACGUCACAACAACUGGCGACGAGGAUGGGAUCCGGAAUGCUGAGGAGCGGUUAAACACAACCCUGCCUCAGAGUCCGGAUUGCAGCUGAGAACAAGACUCACUGGCCAGCUGAGAAGACGACCCUGCCCGCUAGGACAAUGGAGAGUCCAAGGGUAUUGGAGCCCUUCCAGCCAUCAGAGCCCCACACCUGGGAAGACUACGUCGAACGCUUCGAGUUCUUCGCAGUGGCUCAAGGGAUCACCGAUGCCAGCAAAAGAAGGGCCACAUUCCUGAGCUACUGUGGGCCCGAGACCUUCAAGCUAGCCAAGGCAUUACUUGCUCCAGCGAAGCUGAGUGAGACAUCUCUCCAAGAUAUUCUUGCCUGCCUAACAAGCCACUUGGCGCCUACUGAGACCAAGAUGGCCCGGCGGAUGGAGUUCCAUAAGAGGCAGCAGCAUGCUGGGGAGUCUGUAUCCGCAUUUCUGGCUGAACUCCGGAAGCUCGCUCAGCACUGCGGCUUCCAAAAUCUGGAAGAGACUCUCCUGGAUCGGUUUAUUGGUGGUCUGAGCAGCAAGAAAGCCAGAAGACGCAUCGUGGCUAAAGAAGAGGUUACCCUUGCUUCAGCCUUGAAGGAGGCCACCGCCAUGGAGAAUUAUGAAAGAGAGGAGCUUGAUGCCAGUCGCAAGGCCACUAAGCCACAGAUAGAAGUUGCGCAUGCCAUGGACGAGCUAGAGGCUACUCCAAGCCAGAGCCCAGUCCGUGGGGUUGAGUCGGUGCGUCAGGCCUGCACAGUGCACAGAGAUCGCCGAGGCAGUUGCCCAGGUUGUGGCGGAAACCAUGAAAGGAAGAGUUGUCGUUUCAGGGAUGCUAUCUGCCGGACGUGCGGAAAGACGGGUCACAUCGCCAGGGUCUGUAGAUUGGCGGCGUCGGGAGCGACAGGAGCACCUAGACUGGAGCAUCGCAGACCGCCCACAGCAACUCGUUUUCUAAAGGACUGCCACUACGUAACGGAGAUCAAUGGGAGGGCCGUGCAGUUUCCAGCGCAAGGCAAGGCACACGUCAAGGUGAAGAUUGAGGGUCAGCAGUGCGACAUGGAGGUGGACUCCGGAUCUGCAUUCACCAUCGUGUCAGACCAGACCGCGAAGACAUUCUUCCCCAGGGGUAAGUUGCCCCCUCUGGAGCCCUUUCCGGCAACCUUGCAGUCGUACUCAGCAGGCCGCAUCCAUGUUAUGGGAAUGUGUGCCGUGAGAGUACAGUUCCGGGACAAACAGGCUGUACUCAAACUGGUGAUUGCAAAGGGCAGUCGCCCCAGUCUCCUGGGCACUGACUGGUUCCCUGCCCUGGGACUGAGUAUCUCAGGGCUUAAUUCAAUCCAAACCUGCCCUGAGAUGAGCGAGGUAUUAUGCAAGGAAUUUGCUGGUCUCUUUAAUGGAAAACUGGGUUGUUAUAAAGGGCCCCCAGUUGACUUCGAGUUGGACCCCGGGGUGGCUCCAAUCCGACUCAAACCAAGGCGAGUGCCAUUUGCACUGCAACCCAAGAUCGAGGCAGAGCUGGAUAAAUUGGUCAAGCAGGGAGUUCUCUCACCCGUGGACUCUGCUAAGUGGGAGACUCCAAUCGUCACGCCCCUUAAAGCAAAUGGGGAAGUCAGGAUAUGUGCAGAUUACAAAUGUACUAUCAAUAAGGCACUCAGGGGAAACUCAUACCCCAUUCCAGUUGUAUCACAUCUGUUGGCUAAACUGGCUGGGGGCAAGGUGUUCGCCAAAAUUGACCUGGCACAAGCUUACCAACAGCUGCCAGUAACCCCACAAUCAGCGGAAGCACAGACUAUUGUCACACAUAAAGGGGCGUUCAGAGUUAACAGAUUACAGUUCGGAGUUUGUGUGGCCCCAGGGAUUUUUCAAGGGCUCAUGGAACGCCUGUUAAGAGGUCUGCCGGGGGUCUUGCCAUUUUUUGAUGACGUUUUGAUUGCUGGAAAAGACCCACAGGAACUGGUUGCGCGUGUCCGUGCAGUGUUGCUCAAGUUCAAGGAGGUGGGGUUGCAACUGAAAAAGGAAAAAUGCAGUUUUGGGGUGCCAACGGUGGAUUUCUUGGGGUUUAAAAUUGAUGCAUCAGGCAUCCACCCCACAGAUGCUAAGAUUAAGGCCAUCAUCGAGGCACCACGACCACAGAACAAGACGGAGUUGCAGUCAUUCCUGGGACUUAUUAACUUUUAUCAUUCGUUCUUACCCCAGAAAGCUUCGGUAGCUGAACCAUUACAUAGACUAUUGCAGAAAAAGAAUGUGUGGCGAUGGGGGCGGGAGCAGCAGAAGGCUUUUGACUCCUUGCGAGGAAUGCUGAGUAGCAGGAGCGUCCUUGCUCAUUAUGAUGAGUCAAAGCCGCUGGUCCUGGCAUGUGAUGCCUCUCAAUACGGUCUGGGGGCUGUGCUGAGUCAUAGGGAACCGGAUGGGUCGGAAAAGCCCAUCUCUUUCUAUUCCCGUACGUUGUCGCCCACGGAGCGCAACUAUGCUCAAAUUGAUAAAGAGGCACUGGCUAUUGUGUCCGGAAUCAAAAGGUUCUAUGAUUAUUUGUACGGUCGCCAAUUUUCCAUUGAAACGGACCACAAACCACUGUUAGGGUUGUUCAACCCAAACAAACAAACGCCACAAAUUCUCUCCCCCAGAAUGUUGCGUUGGUCAAUAUUCCUGAAUGGGUUCCAGUACACCUUGACCCAUGUGCCGGGGAAACAAUUGUGCCAUGCUGAUGCGCUGAGUCGCUUGCCCCUUCCUGGCGGGAGCAAUGAGGAUCCUGCUCCGGCGGAGCACAUUAUGAUGCUAGAAACACUUCCGGGGGCUCCUGUAACAGCUACGGAUAUAGCUGAGAAAACGAGGAAAGAUGCUGUUCUCUCCCGUGUGCUCACUUGGGUGGGGAGGGGGUGGCCAGGUGGUCCGCAUGAAGAAAAAUUCAGGCCUUAUGCGACAAGGCAGCACGAAUUGUCCAUGCAUAAGGGUUGUCUCCUAUGGGGAGAUAGGGUGAUCAUCCCAGCACCACUGAGAAACAGGGUUCUUGAGACGCUUCACAUGGGACACCCGGGAAUGGUCAGGAUGAAGUCGCUAGCCCGAUGUUAUGUGUGGUGGCCUGGAAUGGACCAGAACAUAGAACAAUGGGUACGAACAUGCAAGGCAUGCCAAGAGGUGCGGCCAGAAGUGGCCAGAGCACCAGUCCACUGGUGGGAGCAGUCCAGGACUCCCUGGAGCCGGCUGCACAUAGAUUUUGCGGGGCCAUUCCAAGGGAAGGUCUUUUUGGUUAUCGUUGAUGCAUAUUCCAAAUGGUUAGAAGUGGCGAUGGUCCCUAGCAUGGCAUCAGCUGCCGUAAUCAAGGUGUUGAGGCAGCUGUUUGCUACCCACGGGUUACCUGAGACCAUUGUAUCAGAUAAUGGGGCAGCUUUUGUAUCCCAAGAAUUCAGGGCAUUCUUGGCUGAUAACUUCAUAAGAGGGGUCACAUCCGCGCCCUUUCACCCAUCCUCCAAUGGGCAGGCUGAGCGCAUGGUAAGAACAGCCAAAGAAUCCAUUGCGCGCUUAAUGGAGGGUAACUGGUCGGCUCGCAUUGCGCGAAUGUUAUUUUUGCAGCAUGCGACGCCGUGUACUGCGACGGGCAAGUCGCCAGCCGAGCUGCUCUUAGGUAGAAGACUGGUAACGGUGCUGGAUUAUGUCCACCCAGAUAAAAUGCCAAACCGUAAUUCAAGAGCAACCCCCCAGGCUGAGACUGACACAACAAGGUAUCUCGCCCCUGAAGAUCUGGUCUGGGUGAGGAACUAUUCACGAGGUCCGCGGUGGGUGGCCGGUGUGAUCACCCGGGCUAGUGGACCUGUGUCCUAUUAUGUGACCUUGGAAAAUGGGCAAGUUUGGAAGAGACAUAUAGAUCAGCUGAGGCGCCGGGCGCUCAGCAGGGAGGAGUCAGAUAAUUCAUCCCUGGCUAAUGACGCACAGCUGCGAGACCAGAGUGAAGAUGGCCCAGAGGUGCAGUCACCAGGGGCUUCAGCAAAUGAACCAGGGUCUGCUAGUCCUCAGGAUGACGAGGUACAGGUCGGGGACCCUGAGAUGUCUGGGACUCCAUCUGUUCCUGAUGAAACCCCUAUAGCAGCCCCUCCACCACAGGUAACACCCAAUCCAGAACCUGCAACACCUGUUGUCAGGAGAUCAGGUAGAAGUUGUAGGACCCCACAGUACCUGAGGGAUUACGUCUGCUGUGCUCACUAGGGGGGGAGGGGUGUUGUGUAUUGAGUCAAAGGAUUUUAUAUCUGUAUUAUUAUUGUCUGUAUUUGCAUUAGGAUAAAGUAACUGCCUUUUGGUUCCAGAGGGUACAGCUACUAUUGGUUCAUUUAAGCUGCUGUAUUUGGAUCCUCUGUCUUAUUGGUUCCCUCCAAAAGGCAGCACUGUGAUUGCUUGAUAUUGUUCCCUCCAAAAUGUAUCCCUUCCUAGCUAGUCCCCUGUCCCUAUAAAUGUAGCUUUCCUCUCCUCAGUCUUCAGUCUUGUUCACUUUAAUAAAGAGCUGUUACUAGAGAACUGUCUCCAGCAUGUUUUGUCAAGAGAGCUGAAAUCACAAACCCCACGUCACAAC